UUAACAAAAAAUGUCAGUGCAAAUUUUUUUAAUUGAAUUAACAUUUUUUACAGGUGUAAAUAGUUAAAAUGUAAUUGUAUUGGGGGUUUGGUGUUAGCAUGGUUGUUCGUCUGCGCAAGAUAAAAUCUCACACUGUAAUUCCUACAAAGUUCUGAUAUUUCGAACACUCUGCCAACUCCCAUGGAUAGUGAAAACCCGAAGAAGCCUAGUGUUCGGAUCCUUUGCCGGAAUCUCCACAUAAUCAAGAACGAAACCGGCCUUCAAUGGCUGAUUGGAUCAUCCUUCUUCCCAUCUCCUCCCACAAUCAUCUCUACCUUCCGUUGUAUCCACUCCAACCCUUCGUCUCCCGAUUUCUCCAGAGAAUCAGAUGACAUUAGGACAUUGCUGCCAAAGGGGCUUGAGGUGAUUGGAGCCAUGGUAGUGGAAAAGGGCUGUGACUUUAAACAAACUGCUGGGUUUGCUAUUGAGGCGGCUAGUAAACUGAGGAAGAUAUUGUGUGGUAGUGAAACACAGGAUUUGAUUGGAGCUGUGGUGGAUUUGAACUGCGGGGGCAAUGCCCAGUUUUUCGCGUCGAGGGCAGGUGGGGAAUUGGAGAGCAUAAGUUGUGUUUCUCAGGAAGAGAAGCCUGAGAAAUUUGUUUGGGGAAGAGGCUGUUUGAUUCGGUGUGAGCUCCCAAUUAAGCUGCCUUUGUAUUACCCUCUGCACAAUCCCAAAGCUGUUCAUGAUAUAUAUGCAAGUGCAAUCGAUGGUAUUGCUUCUUCACUUAGAGAUCCACAACUGACGUUCAUUAUUGAAGCACUGAAUAAAGUUUCAGCUAGUGUUCCACCUGCCAUCCUUCAGAACAUGGAAUUAGAAGAACCGCAUGCACAGCAAGCUGAUUCUGCUUGCAAUAAAAAUUUGAAUGCCAAAACAUUGUUAUGUUCAUCCCUAUUUGAAUCUAGUGAAAAUAUGUCAACGUUUAGCUCUAUAGAAGAGAGUGCAGAUGUAAUUCAAGUAAGCAUUUUUCUUAAUAAAUCAAGGGAUCCUCUCAGACUUGUAUCACCUGUUUCUGAGUAUUGUCCAGCUUCAGAAGAAACAAAGCUCUUGGUUAUAGAUCAUAAACUUGAAGUGCUUUGCUUUGCUGCAAAGGAUAUUACGUUAAAAUUUGCUGUGUCAAAAUUAGUCAUUCCUGCUUUAGUUGACCAGUUACUCACAGUAAAGAACAAAAUCUCCAAUGAUCUCUUGGUGGGGUAUCCAGAACUACAGCCAUACCACUUUGUUCCUUCAGGUCUCUUGCAUCCUAUCACAGCUCUAUAUGAACUCAAUUAUGGGGAAACAGAAAUGAAACAAGUUGAGGCAAGAAGAUCCCUUCAUUUGAGGCUUGGCUUACCUUUUGAUCGUCCUCUUCUAAGAAUUGCAAAUGCUAUAAAUCUAGUUGCUGCAAAAGAUGCAAAAACAAAUGCUGCAUGCAAGGGUCACUAUUUGCUCAAGGACGUACAUAUGGGAAUUCCGAAUAGUGGAGUUUCUGGAGGCAUUACUUCGUUAGUUCAAGGUUCUUAUGAGUACUUUCACUACCUCCAAGAUGGAUUUGAUGACUCGGGUUGGGGUUGUGCUUACCGGUCGCUACAAACCAUCAUUUCAUGGUUCAGACUGCAAAAGUAUACUGCAGUUAAUGUUCCUUCUCAUAGGGAAAUACAACAGGCACUUGUAGAGAUUGGAGAUAAGGAACCUUCAUUCAUAGGGUCACGUGAUUGGAUAGGUGCUAUCGAGCUUAGCUUUGUUUUGGACAAACUUCUUGGAGUAGGAUGUAAAGUCAUAAAUGUAAGGUCAGGAGCAGAGCUUCCUGAAAAAUGCCGAGAGCUGGCACUGCACUUUGAGAAUCAAGGGACACCCAUCAUGAUUGGUGGUGGUGUCCUUGCAUAUACGCUCCUGGGCGUGGAUUACAACGAUGCUAAUGGAGAUUGUGCAUUUCUAAUACUCGAUCCUCACUACACCGGCAGUGAUGACAUCAAGAAGAUUGUCAAUGGCGGAUGGUGUGGGUGGAAGAAAGCUGUCGACAGCAAGGGAAAGCAUUUCUUCUUGCACGACAAGUUCUAUAAUCUCCUUCUUCCUCAGAGGCCAAACAUGGUAUAGUUUGAUUUAGAUCAUCAUCAUCAUCAUCGUGUAGUUCUAAGAAUCAUGUAGUAUGGUGGAUCGUGUGGGAUUCCGAGACUUUUUUGGAGCCAUUUUCACAAAGUGUUUGGCAUGGAUUUUGAAUAUGAUUCUUCUUUAGAAUGAGAAUCGAAAUUUUCAGUAGCUGUGGGAAGGUUUUCCUUUCUUAGCUCUUGACUUUUGGCUUGUGUUUGUUUUAAAAAAAGAGAGAAUUGUGUU